AUGCGUCCACGUCGAAUCAAGCAGUUAAGAGAGCCCCAACGAGGGUGUGAGACGAUUCAGGACCUUGUCCCAUCCCUACCUGCAGCUCCAUUGACGUCGCCCCUGUUUACAGUGUUUCCCGCCGAGAUCCGCAACCGCAUUUAUACGUUUGCCCUUGAGUCCGAGAAUAUUGACAUAAACGACAAUAGUCAACUCUAUAGGCUAAAUGACUUCUGCUACCGGCCCGGGUACACGCAGCCUAAGCGCAUCCAGACUGCUCUCCUCCAAACAUGCCAACAAAUCUACGCCGAAGCCUCCCUCCUCGCGCCAGCAGUCAAUGAGCAUACCUUCUGGUUUUAUCGGGCCCCAUCGCAUGUGAAAGAUUCCUCGUCGCCAUUGAACUAUUUUCGCAAAAUGACCCCAAAACAACGGGCUCAGGUGCAGCAUCUACACCUAUUCACCCAGCAGUAUUUUCUAGAGGACAAUCGUUGGUCGCAGAUAUGGGACGGGCUAACGAUAGGCAACAGCGGGCGCAGUUUGCGAGGCGAGUGUAGAAUUUCGCCGAAAAAGAUGACCAUCACGCUUCGUCAUACGGACUGGUGGUUUUGGGAAAAGAAUGACCCCUUGGGCAUCGAUCCGUUUCGGCCUGGGAGAACCCAUGCAGCCCAGAUGGGCGAGCCUGUUUCCCCGGAUGCCGCAGCUCGGUCAUGGGGGAACCAAUUUACAUAUCUCCCGUGUCUGAAGGAACUUGUGAUCGAGUUCGAGACGAUCUUGCGGAAGAGAGACCAGCUAGAUGCCAUCAUACAACAAGCUCUCGGGUGGAAGUUCCCCAUCCAAGCUGACGAGGGCUGGUAUCUGGUUGCUGACCCUAAUUCAAAGAUGGCAUAUACUUGGGUUGGGGCGAGAGAGGUGGAGUUGACAGGAGAGAGACCUGUAAGGGCGUUUGAUAUUGAGGUUUAUUCAGAAUCUCAAUCUGGCCACAAGCAGAUCACACUUUCUAAGGCCCCGGCUUUGGUGCCAUUUGAUCCCCAAUCUGACCAGGGCACAAAUAGUGGUAAUAUUCAUGGAGGUCAUCCCCAGCCACCCGUGGAGGGGUUCUAUGUUGUUUUCUUGUCUUGGAGGAAGCAACGAGUGCAGGCGUAA